UACUCUUUUUCGACGAUCUGCGCAUCUGACUCGCGCGCCUUCGCAAGUUCGAAUUGCCUAUAUACAUCACUCUCCCUCUCUACUACUGCGCUGUCUCCACUCUCCAGUCUCCAUUCGCGAGGGUAGUCGACUCGACCCUCUCAUACAAUAUCUACUUACACUUACAACGUAUACGCACACUGCAUCGCACACUCGAGAGUCGAGACAUCGCACCAGAUUGACUUAAGACGGGGGUGUGCGCAACUAUAUAAGUAUACUUGACCAGUGCAAAGUGCGCGCUCUAUCAGCCCUUUCUCUGAAGGUGUUUUCUUUCACAUCACGCGUCUAGUCUAUAAGUAUACAGUCUACUGCAGACGAACACAAUAAUAGGCUGACAACAGCAGCAGACAGCCGUGAGAGGAUAGUGUUCGCUUCGCGCGCGCGGUUAACGAUCCGAGGGAGAGAGAUGGUGGACAGUGUAUAUAGUAGACGUACCGGGUGAGAAAGAGAGAAGCCGAGAGAGGCAUAAUUGCACGAGGAAUAGCCUACUGCUCUAACUCGUUGUUCAGUGUGUAUACGCAUUCUGUAUAGGCUCGGCGAAUAUCGAAAUUCGAUCGUCGCGAGCGAAGCUCCUCUGGCAGCUCGUUUGCUAGCUCAGUUAGCCAAGGAAUGGGAGGUGAAUCCUUACGAGUCCGUGUGGAGGAUCUAGGAAGAUCCAGCCGCUAAGGAGAAGCAGCUCGGCGUCCUCGUCGUCGACGGGACUCAAGCUUGCCGAUAUCCAGCCUGGUCUGCGCUCACGUCGGGGAUGUCGGAGCGGUUCGGUUCAGCCGUCGCACCGUCCGCGCUCAGUAUCGCCGAGGAGAUCGUCCUGCCAGAAGCAGCAGCUCACGCCGCAGCUACAGCGAAGACUAAAGCAGUCUUGGGAGAUGUCUUACAGCGAUGGCGGUGGCAGUGGACGUUCCUCACGUAAGGGUAGUAGAUCCCCUAAAAAGUUGCGUGUAACCAAAUCUGAAAACAGUGACAAGACAGUGACCAGUGUUAGUUAUGGCCACCACCACCACCAUCAUCAUCAUCACAGAUCUGUAGAAGGCCAUCAACCCUCUGUGCAUAAGAGGAAUCUUUAUAUUGUUUCCUUUCCAUUGAUACUUUUGUUCAACAUACUUAGAACCGUUAUUUAUCAGUUGUACGUGAUUUUCAAGUAUAUUUAUGCUUCAACGUCGCAUUUGAUAUACAGAAAGCAUUCCAGUAGAAAUACUUGCCGGCUAGAAAUUGUAGUUGAUCGUGAAGCUGUUACUAACGGGCAUAAAAGUGACAUUGAAGAAAUGUCACACAAUACAAGAAGACCACCAGGUCCUGGCCCUGGAGAUCCCUUAUUAGCAAAACAAAAGCAUCAUCAUCGCAGAGCCUUUGAAUACAUUAGCAAAGCAUUGAAGAUUGAUGAGGAAAAUGAAGGACAUAAGGAAAUGGCAAUUGAACUAUACAAGAAAGGAAUCGACGAACUGGAGAAAGGCAUAGCGGUAGAAUGCAACGGCGGUCGCGGCGAAGUUUGGGAAAGAGCACAAAGACUCAACGAUAAAAUGAAGACCAAUUUGGCAAUGGCCAAGGACAGGCUUGAUUUCCUUGCAAGUGUGUGUGAGCUGGAAAAUCUGGAAAUCACGGACGAUGAAAAGCCGCUCGUCGUACCUCUGAGACAGAGCGAUGCCAACGCGGAGCGAACGCUGCAGCAGCAGCAGCGCGACAAAGCGGACAUCAAGAGCCUGAGGCAUCAUCGCAAUAAUGCGCAUACCCUAAUGACGAACGCUCAGACUCUCUCGGACGCGAAUAACAGUCAGAAACAAAAAAACAAUGCACAAACAUUGAACACCGUACAGAGUACGUAUAAGCAGCUUUCCAGGCCCGCUCUACAGUAUACGCGUACUGCUAAAACUAACAUUGCUCGCGCCUCUGAAGCCUCGGGCCGCAAAUUUCCUGUAUUGGGCAAACGAAUGCCGGGGAGCGCGAUGAACAAGAGCCAGACACUACCUCGAAGCAUGGGUCGUUCGCCGGCGGUGCUGCCCUGCCAUCGGCCUUCGCUAAUUAAACCCUCGCUAACGCCGCCCUCGGUCAAGCGGCAGCUAUCGGUGCCCGGCAGCGAGUCGCCCCUCCGGAGGCGGCCAACCACACCGAAUAACGUCGGUGUCGGCAGUGCGGCUAACAGUAAUAAGGGCACGCCCGUGAGGAAGCUGCCCCAGAUGAAAGGGGUCGAGCCGAAACUCGCGCAGGUCAUUCUAGACGAGAUACUCGAGGGCGGGGCGCCCGUUCUUUGGGAUGACAUCGCUGGACAAGAGACUGCCAAGCAGGCCUUGCAGGAAAUGGUAAUACUACCAUCUCUUCGUCCAGAGUUGUUCACCGGUCUUCGCACCCCAGCGCGUGGUCUUCUGCUUUUUGGUCCUCCGGGUAACGGCAAGACCCUACUGGCUCGUGCCGUUGCCACUCAGUGCAACGCUACCUUUUUCUCGAUCUCAGCGGCCAGCUUGACUUCCAAAUACGUUGGAGAUGGUGAAAAGCUCGUACGCGCACUUUUUGCAAUCGCUCGUGAAUUGCAACCGUCUGUCAUCUUCAUCGAUGAGGUAGACUCGCUGCUUAGCGAACGCAAAGACAACGAGCACGAGGCUUCGAGACGUCUGAAAACGGAAUUUCUAGUGGAGUUCGAUGGUCUUCCUUGUAGUCCUGAAGAGAGGAUACUCGUCAUGGCCGCGACCAACCGACCGCAGGAGCUCGACGAAGCCGCCCUCAGGCGGUUCUCCAAGAGAGUCUACGUUACAUUGCCUGACUAUCAGACGAGAAUCAUUUUGUUAAAACGAUUGUUAGCUAAGCACAACGAUCCACUCACUGAAGAAGAGUUGAAUCAGAUGUCGAUGCUGACGGAGGGCUAUUCCGGCAGUGAUUUAACGGGCCUAGCAAAAGAUGCCGCGCUUGGUCCUAUUAGAGAGCUCAAUGUGGAGCAAGUUAAAGAUAUGUCCUUAAGCGCGGUACGCAAUAUAACGCAGCAAGAUUUUAUCGACUCGUUGAAGAAAAUUCGCAAGUCGGUUUCGCCGGGAAGCUUGGCAGCCUAUGAAAAAUGGAGUCUCGAAUACGGUGACGUGAGCCUCUGAUCAAAAAACGUAAGUAUAAGGAUAACGUCGGGUUAGUUUUCGCGCAAGUCGGUUUCGCCGGUAGCGUGCACAAUUUUUUAAACGUAAAAACUUAAACCGAUUGUCUUAAAUCGUAUUGCUGCUGAUUGGGAUACCCAGAAAUAUUUUAAAAUCGUAAUGGUAUCUCAUGCUUUCAUAUUUUUCGAACUUACAGAGGUAAAUAAAACCACGCGCAAGCAGUAACACGUUUAGAAAUCGAUAAAAGAUAAACUUCAUUGUAAAAAAAAAUAAAGAAAAAACAAUUUUUGAUCUUGGAGACUACGAGUACUCUAAAUGAAUCAACACAAGUCAAGAUUUACAAAUGCAACCUUGCACGUCCAUUUCAGAUAAUAAAUAAAUCGUAAAGGAAAAUGCAAAAUACUCGUUCGAAAUGUAGCAAAUGUUUUCGGUAGACCGUCAGGAAAGCCUUUUACUUAGGACUUGUAGUGAAGUUUAUGUGAUUUUUCGCAAGGCAACGCACGAGAAAAAAAAUGAAAACCCGUAAAUUAUUUUACUCGCGGUUACAGAUACUUGGCUUAUCAGAUUUGAUGCAUGGUUCUACAAAACAACGAAACGAUUGAGAUAUGUCGCGAUGAAUGAUUUAUUAUCAUACGAAAUACAAAAAAAAAACAGAAUAGGACGCUAUAACUUGCAAGGUAUUUUUUAUUCUAUAUACUUAUAUAAAUCGUUCUGAUAAUCAAAUGCGAUGACGAAUGACCGAAUACCAGUGCAAAAGUUUUAAAUGCUAUAAAAAUUCAUCGCAGUUGAUAGAAGUGUGUACUUAAUACAAAUACAUCUGUCCAAAAGGUAUAUUUUUUAUCAUUCUUAUAACAAUAACUAGUCUUGGGAUAUUUAUUGUUUAUUAGUGAAUGAAAUUGUCAUUUUUCCUUCAUUGGCAUCAUCUGAACAAAUUAGUACAUUGUGCAACAAGGGGAGAAAAUAAGCUAUUUUUAGCGAGGGUGAGGUGUUCAGCACGAAUUGGAGUAAAGGGCGUCUAAGGUGCCUGAAACGGAGACGAGUGCUGAAGACACCUCACCCGAGUUUGAAAUAGCUUUUCUUCCCACAUGUUCCACAUCUUAUUUUUUCCAACGAGCGCAUAAACGGUCCUUUUUCGUUCCUGAUAAUGGGAGAGGUAAUUGUACAUUUUGAGUCGUGUACAAUAUACAUAAAAAUGGAAAAUAAAAAUGAAAUUUUGAAGUAAAAAGUGGAUCCAUUUCUCACCUCUAAACAGGUGAGAAAUGGACCCAUUUCUCACCUAGGGAAGAAAUAACUCAUUUCUCACCUCUAAACAUGUGAGAAAUGGAUCCAUUUCUCCCCUAGGGAAAAAAUAUUCACUUCUCACCUGUUAACAAUUGAGAAAUGUUUCUUAACACUUUGAAAAAUAAGCUCAAAAUGUUCAAUUUUCUCUCCCACUUUCAAGCAUGAAAGAGGACCGAUUUCAUGCGUGUGUUGGGAAAAAUUUCUUACUUGUGCUAUAACUAUCUAAAUAUGUUGUAUUGUAAAAUUAUUUAUAAUAAAUGUUGGAUUCAAAUAACAUUAAAGUUGCAUUGGAGGUAUCUCUAUGUUUUUUUGUACUUGUGGAGGUUUACUGAAUAUAAGUAAAUAUAGUUAAUUAAAUGUUCUAAACUCUAGUAUUGAUAUUAAUUCAAAUACUGAGCACUAAUUAAUAAUCACAUGGAGAAUAUUUUUUUAAUACAUUCAAUAUAGAUUAUAUUAAAUAAAAAUUAUAGCACAAAUAAGAAAUCAUGUUAUUUCAAUGAAAGAAAUAAUGUCUAUAUUUGAAUAUACACUUGAAAUAUUUUGAAUCCUGCAUUCCAAAAUAAUUAGUUAAAGGUAUUGAACAAGUAUGUUAUAUUGUUGGUAUUUAUUUAUUUGUACAGUUAAAGUUCAGACUUUAUUAGAUUGCGAAUAUAAGUUUUUGCCAAAUAGCGGUGCAUAUUUCAAGUUGCCAUAAUCUUUUUUUUCUUAAGAAAUAACAUAAUUGUAAAACGGGUACUGUUUUAAAGGGAUAAUGAAUCGCAUGCUCUUGUUGUUCAUAAGUACAAGGAACUAUCUUUACCUUGUAUCUUAGUUUACAAAAGUUUUUACAGUACCCAAAGUAGUAAGUAAGCGUCGUGAUGUCUACUCUGCGCAUGUGAUAAGAGAGGGUGAUAAAUAUAAAAUUUCAUGAGGUCACUUAAUUUGGUUAUAAUCCGUCAGAAAAUUGUAUGUGCGAAGUUAAGAGCAAACAAAGUUUUCACACUGUCUAGAAAAGUUUGCAAAUUGUUGAAAAUAAGGUUGAAAUGAUAAAAAAGGUAAAACAAAAAUCAAGUACAAAACACAUGGAUAAAGUGUUAUGCGGUUGAACUCGCUGACGAAGAAUUUUUGUUAUUACUUUAAUGAUCUCUUAUCGAGCGAUUAGAGGGUUUUCCUCCAAGUUCUUUUUUAUUUAAAUGCUGCGAAUAAUUGCAUUGUGACUGCUUUCUUCUUUUGUAAGUUUUGUAACACGUAUUUCGCUAAGAGCGAAUAAAAAUAUAUAAAUGUACUUUCAAGAAAUGCGUAACGUCAUUGCCUACAUAAAUUUUUAUACGUACAGGGUACGAAAAUAAGAGAUUAAAACAAACUAUUGUCUCUAAUAAGCGCGAUACACGUUGAAAAAAAAUAUCGAUUGAAAUAAAUUUGUAAUUCAACGUAUCUGACGCAGAGACGCACAUGCGUGCUGUCUAGCCUUCCAAUCACAAAACAGUUCUGCCUUGAUCCAAUUAUUUUGCUACUUUUAUAAAUAUAAUUCAUAGCAAUAAUAAGGAUUAUUAAAAGAAAUAAUGCGCAAAAGAAUCACCAGUGAAUAUUAACCGAGAAUUAAAAAAUUAACUAUGCGAAGCAGUUAAAUAAUCUGUGAACUUCCUUUGAAUGUACUUUACGAUAAAGUCGAUUGAAUACCCAUACCCCUGUUGUUUAUAUCCGAUUUGUAUGAAGAAAAAAAUAUGUAUAUGAAAGAUUUAAUUGUAUUUUGUAUAAUUAUGUGGUGCGAUGCAAGUGAAAAUAAUUAUGUAUUGGUUCACGUUUCAAUUUGAGGAACGAGGUGUCUUUCAACGUUAUACAUGUGGCAAUUGUUAGAAACCGAGUAGAAAUGCUCUCGAAUGUGUUGGCUGGAAAAAAAUGUGUAUUAUUGUAGUAUUUUAUCUAGCUAAUAGUUAUAAUUACAGUUUUCAAGACUUCAAUUAAAGCUCGCCGAUGAAGGUGGAAUUGGAAACCUCUUUAUCAAUUGACUAAUUAUUCGAGAAUUUGCUUGAGGCGUAUAAACUGUAACAAGUUAUAUUAUUCAAUUGCUCGAUACAUAAGUUGUAUAUACACAGACACACCUAAAAAAA